AUGGAGCCGCACUCAUGGGACAUGGGACUGGAACUUCUCUCGACCAGAGAAGCUUCAGAUUUUGUCGAGGCCCAUGGGAUUGAUAUGACAGCGUCACGCAUGGAGGUCCUGCAUGCCAUCACAAAAGCUGUCAGCGCCAUGCCGUUUCACAACCUGCACUUUCUGGCCACACAUCCUGAUGAUCGUAAACCCCCAAAUGAGCAAGCGGUGAAGGCUGCCAUGUUAAAGGGACAAGGCGGCUUGUGCUUUGUAAAGCAGCCCUUUGUUGGGCAUUUGUUGAGGGCGCUAGGCUAUGUGGUUGAAGUUGUGCCUGGUUCUGUGACUCAUCCGGGAAACCACAUUGUGAUUGUGGUCCACGAUGUUCAGGCGCAGGGUGACCGUUAUGUGGUCGAAGUUGGCUGCGGCUACCCAUCUUGCAGUGCUGUUCGAAUCGAUGGUGAAGAUGAGCAUGAAGGUUUCGAAGCUGUCUUCACUGACUCUUUCCUUGAAUACCGCUAUGUGAAGACUGCUGGGGAGAGCCUCAUACGCCGAGAGCACCGUGGUGGCGACCCUCCCCGGCCUGUGGUGGCAGACUCCUUGGGUAGAUCAGGUGAGGUGGACGGCUGGCGACGCUACUUUGAUUUCUUCUACCCUCCCUCAACAAACGGCUUAGAGCAAUUGGCUCAAGGCAUGCAAGAUGUUUGCACACUUCCCGACGCUUCACCAUUCCUUGCCAGCCUUCGCGCAGUUCGAUGGGUGAAAGGCAAAAUGAUUGCAAUCAAGGAUGCAAAGCUGCUUGAGGAGGCUGAAGAUGGCCAAAUCGUUGUCACGGAGUUGCAGGAUGUUUCGGAGAUCCGCUGCAGCGCAUGUUUGGCCCUCCAUGGAGCCAAGCGCUACUCAACGCCGGCGGACUUCUUGCCGUGGGUAGAUGCAUCCUCGGAUCCGAACCAUGGCAAGCAGGUGAAUAGCGAGGCCGUUGGCUAUCUUCUGGACGCAGCUGUGGCGAACGGCUGCAAGCGAAUCGUGCGUGUCACUGGCAAGGGCGAAGAUCCCUGGUCACCUUUUUCGAUUCUUAUCAAUGGCCUUGGGUCCAUGGCAAAGGCCUGGAACCAGGAGGGCGAGCGACGCCUGCGUGGACAGCGAGAGGUGGACUACACUAUCAUCCGGCCCGGCUAUAUGGGGAAGGUUGAUGCCACGCUCGGCGAUGAGGUGUGUCUGGCCCUGGCAGAUGACGGCGGUGACCUCAAG